AUGCUUCAUCUUCUAAUUCAUCUUUUCCAUCGAUUCAUAUCUGCGAACUUAAAACUUAAUAAAAAAAAAUUGGGUGAUUUAUAUGUGAAAGAUAAAAAAUCCGAUUGCUGGAAAUGUUUUGGUAUUUCUGCUCGAAAACUUGAUGAAGAAAAAAGUGAAUUAUUUGAAAAAUUUGCAUCGUGCAAGCAUUGUUAUAUAACAUAUUCAUAUUUAUCCAGUACGAGAAAAAUGAAUAAACAUAUUCGAAUUUGUAGUGGAUUUAAUUCUAUUCAAACUCAAUUUAUAAUAUCAGCAGAAAUUAAUUCUUUACAAUCAAUUACUACAUCAACAUCAUCACCUUUAAUAUCAUCAUCUUCAUCUUAUUCAAAUAAUAAAAGUUAUACCUAUGGUCCAACUAAAUCUGAAGGUGUUUUAUCAUGUAGAAAAGUAGUAUAUAAACAAAUAAAAUCAAGUGCUGCAAAUGGACGUGAACAAAUAAAACAAGUUUUAUUAAAAGCUGCACGUGAAAAGUCAUUAGCGUUAUCAUCCAACAUUUGGUCAGAUGCUUAUCGUCAACAAUCAUACUUAGGAUGCACAGCUCAUUGGAUUGAUGACAACUGGACAUUAUAUUCCUUCGAAAUAUUUCGUAUACCAUUUAAUACUCCAAAUAAAAAAGCUCCGAAUGUGUUGAAGGUAGGAGGAACUGAACUUAUAUCUUAUUCUAAAAAAAAACUUUCAUGUUUUCUAUAA